GACUUGAGUGCCAGGAGAGCUUUGAAUAACAGAGAGAGAGAGAGGGGAGAAAUAAAAGGAAUAAGCACCACCAGCCCUCAGUCUUCUAGCAGCAAAGCGAAGACACAGGAAUAACCAUGCCUGAGCCAGUCCCUGCAGAUAAGCCGGAGGGGCAGGCCCCAGAGGAGCCGACUGAAGUGGCUGAGCCGCAGCCAGAGAUAGAUGAUGAACUCCCUGCAGACGGAGAUUCAGAAGCUGAUGGGGAUGCCGAAGCAAACCCCGCAGAGGAGGAGCCCGGGUCGACCGAGCUCAGUGGGCUUUUCGUCGAGAAGCCACCAGAAAGUAUAGUCGCUGUUGCAGGAGCGGAUCUCAUCAUCAUAGCCAAGGUUGACUCGACCACCCUGACAAGAAAACCCACCAUGAAAUGGCUGAAGGGCAAGUGGCUGGACCUUGGCAGCAAGGCUGGAAAACACAUGCAGUUCAAAGAAACUUAUGACAGGAAUACUAAGAUCUAUACUUAUGAAAUGAAGGUCAUCAAAGCGGUCGCUGGAGAUGCCGGUGGCUACAGGUGCGAGGUGACAGCAAAAGACAAGUGUGACAGCUCCCAAUUUGAAAUCUCUGUUGAGGCUGCACACCAGGAGGAGCAGCAGGCAGAUAUUUUGUCCUCCUUCAAGAGAGCGGAUGCUGGAGAGGACGACGGAAGUCUGGAUUUCAGUGCUCUGCUGAAAGCCGCUAAGAAGCCAAAGAAAAAAGUGGAACCAGAGAUCGACGUGUGGGAAUUGCUUAAGAGUGCCCAUCCGAGCGAAUAUGAGAAAAUCGCCUUUGAGUAUGGCAUCACUGACCUGAGGGGCAUGCUGAAACGACUGAAAAAGAUGAAGGUCGUCGAGCCCAAGCAUAGCGAGGCUUUCCUGACGAGGCUCGACUCUUGCUACUCAGUGGAAAAAGGCAAAAAGAUUGUCCUGAGGUGUGAGGUGGUCGAUCCUGACGUCCAGGUCAAAUGGUUGAAGAACGGCCAGGAGAUCAAACCCUCAGCCAAGUACAUUAUGGAGUCUCUCGGGAAUGUCAGAACACUUACCAUCAAUAGGGCGACCCUGGCUGAUGAUGCUGCGUAUGAGUGCGUGGUUGGUGAAGACAAGUGUUUCACAGAGGUGUUUGUCAAAGAGCCCCCUGUGACCAUCACCAAGCUUAUGGAUGACUACCACGUGGUUGUUGGAGAGAGAGUGGAGUUUGAGAUCGAGGUUUCGGAGGAGGGCGCCCACGUCAUGUGGUACUUUGAGGACAUAGAGCUUCACAAAGACAAGGAAUCCGAGAAGUUUCGCUUCAAGAAGGAUGGAAUAAAGCACACGCUCAUCAUCCUGGAGGCCACGCUGGAUGACAUUGGAAUGUACCAUGCCUGGACAAAUGGGGGGCAUACCAAAGGAGAGCUGGAGGUGGAAGAAAAACAGCUGGAGGUGUUGCAGGACAUUGCUGAUCUGACAGUCAGGGCAACAGACCAGGCUUUGUUCAAGUGUGAGGUCUCUGAUGAGAAGGUCACAGGAAAGUGGUACAAAGACGGCGUGGAGGUCUUGCCAUCCGAACGCAUCAAAAUUACUCACAUCGGAAGGUUUCAUCGGCUGCUUAUUGAUGAUGUGAAGCCAGAGGAUGCUGGAGACUACACAUUUAUUCCAGAUGGAUACGCUCUGUCAAUUUCUGCCAAACUCAACUUCUUGGAAAUUAAGGUCGACUAUGUGCCGAGACAAGAUCCUCCAAAGAUCCACCUGGACACCACCGGAAACAUGGUCUCUCAAAACACCAUCAUUGUGGUGGCCGGCAACAAGCUCCGUCUGGAUGUGGAGAUCACAGGAGAGCCAGCACCCACCUGUGUUUGGUCGAAAGGCGAUCAAGCAAUUUCAAACACUGAGGGGCGCGUACGGGUGGAGGCCAGGAAAGACCUGAGCUGCUUUGUCAUAGAGGGGGCUGAGAGGGAGGAUGAGGGCAACUACACCAUCUGUGUUACCAACCCAGCUGGAGAAGACAAGGCCAUGCUGUUUGUGAAGAUUGUGGAUGUGCCCGACCCCCCUGAGAAUGUCAGAUGUGAAUCAGUGGGAGAGGACUGCGCCAGCAUCCUUUGGGAUGUUCCCGUAUUCGAUGGCGGUGCACCACUCAAAGGUUAUCUCAUGGAGAGGAAGAAGAAAGGCUCCACCAGAUGGACAAAGCUCAACUUUGAUGUAUACGAAGCGACUACAUACGAGGCUAAGAGGAUGAUUGAAGGCGUUAUGUAUGAGAUGAGGGUGUUUGCCAUCAACAGCAUUGGCAUGUCUCCGCCGAGUCUCACCUCCAAACCCUUCAUGCCUAUUGCCCCAACUAGCGAGCCAAUACGUCUGUCAGUGCACGACGUGACGGACAGCACAUGCACCCUGAAGUGGCAAGCCCCGGAGAAGAUUGGAGCCGGGGGCCUGGAUGGCUACGUUAUUGAAUACUGCAAGGAAGGAGAAACUGAGUGGGUGGUGGCAAACCAGGAACUUUGUGAGAGGCAAGGAUUCAUGGUGCGUGGCCUCCCCACGGGAGAGAAGAUCAACUUCAGGGUGACGGCGGUAAACAUUGCUGGACGCAGCCCUCCAGCGGUGCUGUCACAGCCCGUCACCAUCCGUGAGAUCAUGGAGUAUCCUAAGAUCCGCCUCCCUCGCGACCUGAGAACAAAGUACAUCAGGAAAGUAGGAGAAAAGAUCAACCUGACCAUCCCCUUCCAGGGUAAGCCACGCCCUGUCGCAACCUGGUACAAGGAUGGUCAACCCCUGGACGAAAAGAUGGUCAACGUCCGUAACUCAAACGUGGACAGCAUCCUCUUCAUCCGCGCCGCAGAGAGAGAGCACUCUGGUACAUACGAGCUGGUGCUAAAGAUCGAGAACAUGGAGGACAGAGCCAGCCUUGUCAUCAGGAUUGUGGAUAAACCUGGACCUCCUCUGAAGCUGCAUGUGACAGAAGUCUGGGGCUUCAAUGCAGCGCUGGAGUGGCAGCCCCCCAAGGAUGACGGCAACUGUGACAUUACUGGAUACACCAUCCAGAAGGCAGACAUGAAGACUAAGGAUUGGUUCACUAUUUAUGAGCACAACAGACGAACAAACUGCACAUCUUCAGAUCUCAUCAUGGGCAACGAAUACAUGUUCCGUGUCUUAAGUGAAAACCUCUGCGGCCUGAGCGAGGACGCGUGCUUAAGCAAGAACACGGCUGUCAUUGCCAAAACAGGCCUGGAGCUCAAGUCAAACCCCUAUAAGGAGAAAGACAUGUGCUGUGUGCCCAAGUUUACUCAGCCCCUGAUUGACAGAUCUGUAGUGGCCGGUUACAGUACCGCCAUCAGUUGCUCCGUCAAAGGCUUCCCCAAGCCUAAGAUCACCUGGAGGAAGAACAAUAUUAUCAUCAGUGAUGAUCCCAAGUUCUUGAUGCGGAACAACCAGGGAGUGCUGACCCUGAACAUUCGCAAGCCAGGCACCUUUGACGGAGGAAAAUACUCCUGCGUGGCCGUCAACGAGCUCGGCACCGAUGAAGUGGAGUGCAAGCUGGACGUCCGACUUCCCUUGGCCAUAGACGCGCAGAAGAAGUGAGACACCGAACAGCAAAGAAUGUGAAAUGAUAUGAGCCAAUGGACAGUGAAUAUCAGUAUGUAGAGCACACACUGUCAAGAUAAUAAAAUAUAUGCCUGCUAGAAAUAA